AUGUCGCAAAGAAUUGGUAUUACAGCUUCAGCCCUUACAAGAGUAUGGCAUCAUGUUGAUGUUGCUGCUGAUAACAGAUCUUUAGGUCGUUUGGCAUCGAGUAUAGCAAUAACAUUAAUGGGGAAACACAAACCAACAUACACACCAAACAGAGAUCAUGGUGAUUAUGUGGUGGUCACAAAUUGUGCCCAUCUUAAAGUUACUGGUAACAAAUUGAAAGAGAAAACAUAUUGGAGUCAUACUACUCGUCCAGGUACUUUGAAACUUGUUCCAAUGGAAAGAAUGAUUGAUAAUAAAGGUUAUGGUGAAAUUAUUAGAAGAGCAGUAAAGGGGAUGAUUCCAAAAAAUAAGCAUAGACUUGUUAGAAUGGAUAGACUAAAACUUUUCGAUGGAGAUGACCAUCCAUAUAAGGAUAAUUUGAUUGCUUUCGCUGAUGAAAACCCUGAUAUGAGAAACAAACUUGCCGAAUUAGAAAAGAAUGAAAAGAAUAGAGCUGAAUUGAGAGAAAAGUAUUUAUUUCAUCAACAAUAA